AGCCACAGCACAAGCGUAACUGGAGCACCGCAGGCCUUUCUCGCGCAAUGGCUAAGACACGAACUUCCUGUGCACGGUUUUGGACUCAGAUCUAUCACUAUUUUGUGAGGCUGUACCGGCGCCUCCAGAAGUUCUGGAAUGUCACUGUGAAGCACUUUUUCAUUAAGAAGAAGGAAGAAGAAGAAAUCCCUUCGGUUGACAGUAUUUUUCACAAAGAAAAAUUCGUGGUGCUCGGUCGAAUAUUGAAGAAUCAAUCUCUAGCCGUUGAGAAGAGGGCUCAGGCUGCAUAUAGAAUCGGACUGUUGGCCUUCACGGGAGGCCCCACUGCUGGGAAAUAUGCGGCAGAGCACAUGAAAGAAGUAGCCAACUUGUUGCAAAAUCACCAGAUGGCCCAGAAAGUAAAGAUCCUGCUGCUGCAGAGUGUAGCCUGCUGGUGCUACCUGGAUCCCGUGAGCCAGAAGAAAGCCAAGCAUUUCAAGUUUAUCCCGAUCCUCACGGAGAUCUUUGAGGACAAAGUCGAUUCUGGCAUCAGGAGUGAAACCAACAGGAGCCUCCUUGUUAAAUUCUGGGCUUGCUACGCGCUCUCCGUCAUGACGUGCAAUAACUUGUCCUGCACAAAGGAGCUGAGAGACUGCACUAAUCUGAAAUAUCAUUUGCAAAUACUGGCGAGUGAGAAUUGGUCUGGGUGGCCUGAGAAUUUUGCAGAGGUGCUGUAUUUCCUCAUCGGUUUUCACAGGAAUUAAUUUUUGUAAAGGAAGCUACAGUUGCAUUAGCUGGAAAACUGAAAUAAACAAUAACGAGUCGA